GACUGUGUCCCUGUGACAGCCACAGUUGAGUGUUGAGUUAUCAACUCCACAGUCUCCGAAAAAUGUCAGAAAUCAUGGCAAAUACGCCAAACGCUCGACGUUCCAUUGUAAAAAUAUCAGCAGGAGCAGUUGUGUGUGAUGAAAGUAUCCUGAAAGGGGACAUCACCAUUGGGCCCAAGACAGUGGUUCACCCUCGAGCGAGUAUCAUAGCUGAGGCUGGACCGAUCUUCAUUGGGGAGGGGAACAUAAUCGAAGAAAUGGCUUCGAUAAUAAACAGGUUACCACCUGGAGGGAACCCUGACGCUGUACGUACCCAAACUAUUGGGAACUUCAAUGUCUUUGAGACUGACUCCAUAUGCGAAGCAGAGAGAGUUGGGGAUAAUAAUGUAUUGGAGACCAAAGCUGCAGUCGCUCGAGGAGUUGAAUUGACAAAUGGCUGUGUGAUUGGCCCUUCUUGCUCGGUUUUGGAGCCUGAGAUAGUCCCCGAAAAUACGAUUGUGUAUGGAACUAAGUGUCAGCGUCGAGAAAUGAAUGACAAGCCUUAUCCUCAAAUGGGUCAGCUGGAGUUUUUGAUAAGAGUCCUACCGAACUAUCAUCAUCUGCGGAAGCCAAAUAUCAGGCUGCCGAAAGCAGAGCCCUUGUCGUAGGAUGAAUAUUUCACGUUUAAUUUAAUAAAAUGAUAAUUUAUGGAUAUGAUAAAUAAUAAAGAUAGAGCAUUGCUUUUUGAUACU